CCGAAGCAAUUCACAAGACCAACAGACCAAGCUUAACCGAAGAGAAUGGCUGGCAAGUUUGACAAGCAAGCUGAUUUUUACUUGAAUGGUAGGCCAACUUAUCCAACCGAGUGGUACUCUAUGCUGGCUGCUCUCACUCCUCACCACUCUUUAGCUUGGGAUGUUGGCACCGGCAAUGGCCAAGCUGCUAUUGGUAUUGCUGAGCAUUAUGAGCAAGUAGUUGGAACCGAUGUGAGUGAGGCUCAGUUGAAAUUUGCAAUGCCACACCCACGCAUUCGAUAUCUCCACACCCCAUUAUCCAUCACAGAUGAUGAAUUAGUGGCCUUGAUUGGAGGAGAAAAUUCAGUUGAUUUGAUUACUGUGGCCACAGCUAUCCACUGGUUUGAGCUCCCAAAGUUCUACUCCCUAGUGACACGGCUUCUAAGAAAGCCAGGAGGUGUAAUUGCUGUUUGGGCUUAUAAAGGCAUAGUAGUUAGUCCCAUUUUUGAUUCCAUAAUUAAGCGUUUUUAUGACACAACUCUUCCCUAUUGGGACCAAAAAAUAAAAAGUGUUUUUGAUGAUUACAAGACACUUCCAUUUCCUUUUGAAAGUGUAGGUAUAGGAUGUGAGGGGAAACCACAACAACUAGAUAUACCAAAAGAGGUGUCAUUUGAGAAAUUCUUGAAUAUGUUAAGGUCAUGGUCCGCAGUAAAUACAGCCAAAGACCAAGGUGUUGAUUUGUUAUCAGAAAGCGUGGUUAAAGAACUUGAAAGUGCUUGGGGAGGACCUACUUUGAUCAGAUCAAUAACCUAUAAGGGAUUUAUGCUUGCUGGAAAAGUUAAGCUUUAAUUUUUUUUUUAAAAAAAACUCCACAGGGUAAGGGGUUGGGGAAAGAGGGAGUGGAGGGUUGUUUAUGAUAUUUGCAUAAGAUAUUGUAAUGUUUAAUAGUAAUAUACUAAUUUAGUAGCCUUCUCUAUAUGUGCCAUUGAAAUUCUCUAGUUAUCAUUGCUCUUGAAAAAGUGUUAAAUUAAACAAUGUGGGCCUUAAAUUUUUCGCUGAAACCCUAGUCCUUUCUUAGGGCUUUGCUUAUGUAGAGUGUUGCCUUUCUUGUGCAUUUUUCGUCCCACCAGUUACUGUGGUUGUUUGUAUCAUUGCAACUUAUUUGCAAGUGACCAUCUUUGUUUAGUUGCUGUUGCUUUUAGUAAACAAUAGGUACUGGAGAAUGAUCAUUAUGCCGAAGAUAUUGCUUUCUUACAAGCCAGUGAAGCCACCAUCAAGUUUGUCUGAUCGAGGCCUAAGUAAUAUGAUCUACUACGAGGGUCAUCCAGGCUGGCUACUUGCUGAAAUUUGCAGCCAUGAUCAUUCUCUCUGUGCUUGGCCUCGAAAUACUGUUGAAUCGAUGUGCUUCUAGCUAGCUCUAACAUGGUAGCACAGAAUUUGGCCCACCACGCUUCUCCGCAACAGGAGUCUUAUCUUUGGCUUAAAUGAGAGACAUGAUUUUCUCC